GCUAUCUCUCUAUCCAGUCUAAUGACUUGUCAUGAAUGACUUGCACUAGGAACUGUCCUCCAGCAGGUGGCAGUAUUGAGCCAGUAUUGAGCUUCACAGUCGCUGCAGAACAAAGAGAAGAAGAGCGCUUUCAUUCUGAGCACAAGGGUAUUUCAAACAUUCAUCAAAACUUACAGCGAUUUCAUUUGUAUCCGCUCGCUUUACGUCCAGAUAUUUGCCUUCUUCUUUUGUUUGUCAACGGCGUUCAACUCUUGGCCCAAUAGCUCCAACAACAUUUCCGCGAAUGGGCGAUGUUUAACUUGGUGAACUCGCUGCUGCUAACUUAGUUAGCUGCUAGCAGGAGGAAGAGCAGAGGAAGAGACGAGGAGACGGACACAAACAUCUGGCUGUUUCGGCUUCUUCAGGUUCAAAAAAAUGGAGGCUCCUCCUGUCACCGUGAUGCCUGUUACAGGAGGCACCAUCAACAUGAUGGAGUAUCUGCUGCAAGGCAGUGUGUUGGACCAGGCUCUGGAAAGCCUCUUGCAUCGCCUCCGAGGUUUAUGCGACAACAUGGAACCAGAAACCUUUACGGAUCAUGAACUGGUUUACCUUCUGAAGGGGCAACAAGGGAACCCGUUCAUCCUGCGUGCGCGCCGCUCGCUCUCCCACCCCACUGCUCCGUGGCACCUGCGGUACCUCGGUCAGCCUGAAGUGGGGGACAAGAGCCGCCACGCCCUGGUGCGCAACUGCGUGGAUGUGGCUGCCUCCCACAGCCUCCCGGAGUUCCUCAACGAGAUGGGCUUCCGCAUGGACCACGAGUUUGUGACCAACGGACACAUAUUCCGGAAAGGUUCGAUGAAAAUUGUGGUCAGCAAGCUGUCUCGCAUCCUCGUGCCGGGGAACACCGAGAACACGGAGCGUCUGUCGUUGUCGUACCUGGUGGAACUGAGCGUUCUGGCCCCCGCCGGCCAGGACACGGUGUCUGAGGACAUGCGCAGCUUCGCCGAGCAGCUCAAGCCUCUGGUGCACCUGGAGAAGAUUGACCCAAGCAAGCAAAGACAUUAACUCGGGGUUCAAAUCCCCUCUGACCGCCUUUCACAACUCAACCAGUUUUUUUGUUUUUUUUUUCUACAAUUUUUACAGAAAAUAAAAUACAGUCGAACUUUUAUUGUUAGUC